UUAAGAAUCAAGAGGAAGACAAACAAAGGAAGCGGUACCUAUAAACUGAAAUGUUCGGACUCUUCGGGAAAAUAAAACCUGUUAAAAUUCGAGGUUGCAACGGGGACAGAAAAUACGGAAUAGCCGCGAAAGAUGUAAAGGAGCUGAUUAAAAAGGGCUGUAAGCUGUUGCAGCUGCCACUUCCUGAUGCUCACAUCUGCUUAUAUGAAGAUGGGACGAUAGUGACAGAGGAGUUCUUCCCCACGCUGCCAGAUAACUGCGAACUAGUUCUUUUGUCCAAGGAUCAGACAUGGAGUGGAGUUCUUUGUGACAUCGGUCAGUUACUGAGCUCUGAUCGCCACGGCGACGCCGUCAUCGAGGCAGCGAAGGGUCUGCUCUCUGAUGAGAAGUCUUUCAAAAGGCGUAAAGUCCUUACAGACCUACUGCAGAACUUGGAGGACAGAUCUGAUCUGGAGAGCAGAGAGGAAGAUGAAGAUUGGUUUAAUGGUGUUGAUUCUCGGUUUAAAACAAAGUCUGCCUACAUGAAGUUCAACUGUGAAAGCAGAAUACGAGGCUACAUGAAAGAGGUGGAUGGUGCAACACAAAGCAUCCAGAAAGCAAAAGUGAGGGCGGAGUUUUUAAAAACAUCAAAGUGUCUGGGUGAGAUGCUGAAAGAGGACAAAUACAACGGCAAAUACUUUGACAGGACUGAGAAGGAGUCUGGACGUCUCUGCACUAAAGAAGGAUGGUUCACCUGUCAGGGAUCGUUUGAUCAGAAACUGUGCCAGUCGCUCCAUUCCAUCAACCCGUACGGCAGCAGAGAGAGCAGGAUCGUCUUCAGCACUUGGAAUCUUGAUCACAGGAUUGAAAAGAAGAGGGCAAUCAUACCCGCCCUGCUGGACGCGCUGCAGAAUCACAAAACCACAGACAUAAACUUGAACUACUUUUACCAAAUGCUGUUCACCAGGGAAAACCUGAAGUUAGUCCACAUCGCCUGUCACAAAAAAGGAGCUCACAACCUGCAGUGUGACAACAAAAAGAUGUUUAGGACGGCCAAAAACACAAAAGAAGCUAAAGCCACCAAAGGGAGGAAAAGACGCCUAAACUAAAUGUUUAUUAUUUAUUUUUUUUAAUACAUUUUUUGUUUUAUUAUCGAAGUUUGGAAAUUGUAAAAGAACAGAAAACCAGCGUUUUGUAAAUCAUGAAAAACUUUUAUUGUAUUAUGUGGCACAAUCAUGUCAAAUAUAUGGAUGGAUUAAUAUGACAUUCAAUCAGUCAGAAUUAAACACUUAAGACAAAUGUGUUAAUUAUUUUACAUAAAUAAGGCAGUAAAUCACAAA